UUCCCAAGCAGAAACGUAGUGGUGUAGUGGGAGAUAUAAGCAGUGACCCAUUGACCCACAAGAGGUGGACUCCAACGCUCAAGCAGCUUCAGAUUCUUGGGCGAAUAUUUGAGGAGGGGAAGGGGAAGGGAACUACAAACAAGGAAAAAAUCAAGGAGAUAACCGCUGAACUGAGCCAGUAUGGCCAAAUAUCCGAAAGAAAUGUUUAUAAUUGGUUUCAGAACAAGCGAGCUCGACGGAAAAGAAAACGGCAUAAUGUGACAGAGGGUAAGGGUAACACUGAAUCAGAAAUAAACAAUGAGGAAUAUCAGUCCCAACCAAGGGAUAAAAAAUUGUGCUUACAGAACCCUGAAGACUUGCAGUACUUGGAUUCAGAUUCUUACAUACCAUAUGCUUCCAUGUUCUGGUCAGAUGAUUUGUAUACAGUGUCUGUUUUUGAUGAUGUGCCAUCAAACACAAGUAUGUAA